GAUUAUCGAGAACUGAUUGUAUGCCAUGUAUCGAUAUUUUCAGUCCACUUAACCUAUUUUUUUUAUUAGGUGAAAAAUUUUUAGGUUUAGGUUAAUAUUAGCUGAAUACGUUAUAAUUUGGGUGUUAUUAUAUUAGAAAAUGCGGCCAGUGUUUGCAUUCUUGUUAUUGGCCCUCCUGUGCGCCUGUCAACUCAACACUGCAAAUAAUGUGAACGCCGAAACUGAAGACGACUUCGACAAUGAUUUUGCCGAGUUCGAUGAUGACUUUGUGGAAGCCAGCUACGAUACCGAAACGGCAGAGAAUGCCGAUUCAUCCCGGCGUGCUGGGGCUGACAGCGCAGACUGGGAAACCCUAGAGGUGCCCAAGAAGCGUACCGUGGACAUUGACGAAGAGGAGGACGGUAUCGUCGAGAAUGACGACGAAUUCGAGCACUUUCAGGACGAGGAGGAAUUCGAAGGCUACGACGCUGGCGACUCAAUGGAGCCGCCCAUCGAUCAGAAGUCAGAGCCCAAACUGAAGAUCCCCAAUAUACCAUUACAUUUACGCACCCACUGGGAUUCGUACUGGAUGGAAAUGUUAAUGGUGGCCGGUCUUAUGGCAUACUUUGCCAACUUCUUUGCGGGCAAGGCGAAAAAUGCGCGUCUGGCUCAGCUUUGGUUCAGCACUCAUAAGGCGCUGCUGGACGAGAACUUUGCGCUGGUCGGCGACGAUGGCAAAGUGGAGAACGAGAAUCCAGGUCUGAUCAAGGAGAGCGAGAGUCUGUACACACUCUGGUGCUCCGGUCGCACCUGCUGCGAGGGCAUGCUUGUGGAGCUGAAGAUGAUCAAACGACAGGAUUUGGUAUCGCUCGUUGCUGGCCUGAUGCGACCACAGUUGGAUCAGGUGCAUAUCAAAAUAGAUUUGACACGCGGACUAAUGGAUUCAUUUGUGUUUGCCGUCGGUAGUAAAAAGACAAUAACCAAGGUGUUCAAGGAGUACACAGAUUUGACCAAGUUUUGUAGUUUAGUUGCCAAGCCAGAGGAUCGCUAUAAUGUGCCCAGUGGUUUUGGCGUGCUUUCGGAAAUACCGGAGGCCACAUCCGCCAUACUCGAGUCACGUGUUAUUACCGCACUUAAUAAAUACCAAAGCUAUAUCGAUUACCUUCACAUCUCGGAUCAGUUCAGCGGCCCAGUGCCUCAGGAGGAGAACAGCACACUGAAGCAGCCGGAGACAAGGCCCGUUCUGUUAGCCGGCUUCAAUCUGCCGAAGCACGCCGAAAUGGAGACCAUUAAACCCUUGUUAUUGUUGAUCUUUUAUCUAAUGGAACGCUUGAAGACCUACCGCAUGUCCAAGGAGGCCAAGGCCAAGGCGGAUAAGAAUCGCUUGCGCGUCGAGGAGGAGUUCCUCAAGAGCACUCAUGCAGCACGCGCCGAGGCAGCUGCUCAGCGUCGUGAGGACAAGCGCAAACAGGAGAAGGAGCGCGUGCUCGCCGAGGAGGAUCCAGAGAAGCAGCGACGUUGGGAAGCCAAGGAGCAGAAGCGCCAGGCCAAAAAGAAUGCACCCAAAAUGAAGCGUCUGGCAGUAAAAUCUUUGUAAACUUUGUUGCACCCUGUUGUGCCAUCUAUUUGCGGUCGCUCAUCCGUAGAACUGUUUGCGGUUAUUCCUUAAAUAUGCCACAUUAAAGCAAUAAAAUAUUUGUUUCCUAUUGAGCGCCAAAAAAUACCACUUUGAAA